AUGAGUCUUACUGUUUCCCUUCAGGUUUAGGAGCGGAGGUCAAGCGAAAGUACUGGACUAUGAUUCUUAAAGAUGAAUUCGGCGCUAUGUGCUGGCCUGGACGAGCCGGGAAAUUCCUGCUCCUGUCCGUGUCUCUCGUGGUUCUCCAGGCCGAUGUUACGUCCUCAAAGAACGCACACUACUCGUGGAAAACAGGUCAGUGGGGCCGGUGUAAAGGAGAAGAAUGUGGCUCAAGCGGUGUUCAAUCUCGCAGUGUGUGGUGUGUUCACUCAGAUGGCUGGCACACACACCACUCCAACUGCCAACACUCCGUCAGGCCUGACACUCAGAGACCCUGCUUCAAAGUGUGUGAGUGGCAUCAAGACCUGUUCGAAUGGGACGUGUCCGAGUGGAGUUCUUGCUCUCUCACUGUGACCUCUAACGAACUGAGGACACGACCCCUGGCAUCCGAGUGUGUCACCGCCCAGCACGGCAUUCAAAGACGUUCUGUCCGCUGCGUCCGUGUGUUAAAUGGCACGUCAGUGUCCAAUCGGAUCUGCGAGUUCUUUUCUCCUCGGCUACCUCUGGAACAGGCGUGUCUGAUCCCGUGCCCUCUAGACUGUGUGGUUUCUGAUUUCUCCUCAUGGUCACGCUGUAGCGGAGUGUGCGGGGUGGGAUUGAGGCACCGGACACGCCAUGUUCUAGCAGCACCCGCAUACGGUGGAGCUAGAUGCCCAAAUUUGAGCGAAACACAGCCAUGUGAGCACACUAUGCCAUGUCCUAUAGAUGAGGACAGAAAUUUAUAUAGCCUGAAGGUGGGGGCGUGGAGUGAGUGCAGACUUCCAGAGCAGAAAGAUGCGCUGAUGAAUGGAAGGACAACCUUGGAUUUUGCUGUUAAGGAGAGAAAUAUGGUAAAGAGACAUGUUCAAGAUGGCCGAUACCAACAUACACACCGUGCACACCAACACUACGAGUAUCAUGAUGAUCAGGAUCAAAAUCAACGACAUGUUUAUCGAGACAUUCGCCAACAAAACCAAGACCAACUUCAAGACCAAACCUACCUUCACCAACACCAGUGGAAAUUCCAAGAUACAAACCACCAGCGUAAAUUUUAUCAACAUGAACAAGGUUAUCAAGACAGAACCCAACAAAUUAUUCAAAACCCAAACCACCAAGACCACCUCCUAGACCAAAACUAUUCACAAAAUCAACUUGACCCACCUCAGCAUUUCAAUCAACGAAAUAACAAACAAACCCACAUCCAUUCCAGUGAAGGUCAAAGCCAGGUUCAUCAAGACCAAUUUCAUGACCAAAUCCAACAUCAUCAAACAAAUGGACUUCACCAGAACCAAACCCAUCAAUACCGUCACCAUCAUCAAGCCCAGCCCCAUCACUAUGAGGCAUCCAGGCUGUUGAUUGUGGAGAUCGGCUACCAGACACGGCAGGUUCGCUGCACAGCCAGUGAUGGGAAGAACUCUGUGCUGAGUCUGUGUUCGCGAGAAGACGCUCCUGCAACCUUCCGCUCCUGCGUCAUGCUCAGAGACUGCCAGACGUCCGAUUGGUCGUCCUGGAGCGCGUGCUCGAAGACCUGCCAAUCAUCAGAUCUGUCUCCCGGCUACCGUGUCAGGAGUCGAACCGUGACACAGCCCGGUGUGGGGCGGGGCAGAGAGUGCCCCGCCCUCCAGGAGAAGGAGGCCUGCAAUAUUAUCGGGGAUUUACUUCCCAAGUGCCCCAGGUACGAGUGGAGGAGUACAGCCUGGAGCGAGUGUCGCAUCACUCCUCUCCUCAGCCAUCAGGAGAAAAAAGCGGUGAACGUCAGCGCUCUGUGUGGAGGAGGAGUUCAGCGCAGGGAGACGUACUGCGUUCAGGUUCAGGACGAGAUGACACCACGGCACAGGAGAGACGUCUCUCGGCCAGUCAGCGUAAGUCUGUGUGAGGACACACUCAUCCCCUCGUCUGUCCGUUCCUGCUCUCUGUCCUGCUCUCGGCCAUGUCUCCUGUCCUCCUGGUCCUCCUGGAGUUCCUGCCUGCCUGAAGACUGCAACCAGGGGAGGCGAGGCUACAAAGAGAGGAGGAGGCGAGUGCUGGGAGAAGGAUCUGGAAGCUCAAAGGACUGUGGCCACCUGGUGGAGUUCAUACCCUGUGAAGAUCCCGUGUGUUUCCAGUGGCAUGUCGGGGAUGAGGGAGCAUGCGUGCCUAAUGAGGGGAGUUGCGGAUCGGGCAGCCGGAAUCAAACUGUGACCUGCGUCAAUUCUGAAGGUGUGGGUGUGGAGGCGGGGCUUUGUGAUAAAACCCCACCCCCUGUGGAGGGACCCUGUGACGUGGCCUGUCCCGGUGACUGUGUGAUCAGCUCCUGGUCUGAUUGGUCUCCGUGUUCUCAGUCCUGCGCCAAGAAAAACACAGAGGGCAGGCAGAGUCGCUCACGCACCAUCCUGGCUUUACCUGGGGAAGGGGGUAAAUCGUGUCCUCCUGCGCCGUCUCUGGAGGAGUGGAGAUCCUGUAAUGAAAAUCCAUGUGUGGUGUUUUAUUGGGAAGCAUCUCAGUGGGGUCCAUGUGUCCCUGAUCCGUCCGUGUCUCUAAACACAAGUGAUGUCAGCAACGAGACGUCGAGCUGCUCAGCAGGGCUUCAGACGCGCAAAGUCACCUGCAUGAAGAUCAACGGUGGAGCUCUCACCGCAAAACGCUGUCCUGACUCAGCGAGACCGGACUCGGUGCAGUCGUGUGUGUUACCCUGUAGGAGAGACUGCAUGGUGUCUCUGUUCAGUGAAUGGACAGCCUGCCCUGCCACCUGUCUACCUGAUAACACAUCCACAUUCACUCAAUCACGCUACAGGAUGGUGGUCCAGCGAGCAGCCAAUGGGGGUCAGGAGUGUCCCGAUACUUUGUUUGAAGAAAGGGAGUGUGAACCACUUCCUGUCUGUCCCACUUACAGGUGGAGGACGCACAAAUGGCAAGCCUGUACGCUGGUGCCGGAUUCAGUCCGACAGGGAGCGAUGGGAGCGGAGGAGGCAUGUGGACGAGGCCUGGAGAGGAGAGCACUGAGCUGUAUGAAUGAGCAAGAUGAGCUGGUUGGCGUGUCGGAGUGUGUACAGUGGGCGGGGCCGAUGCCACCUCAAGUGCAGAGCUGCUGGAUUUCCUGUAAGGACGACUGCACCUUCAGCCCCUGGUCCAAAUUCACAGAGUGUUCAGGAUGUCAAGGGACACGCACCCGCAAACGCACUGUCACAGGGCGGAGCAGGAAGCGAGAGCGCUGUCUGAAGGAAGACAUGUAUCCACUAGUGGAAUCUGAGCCAUGUGUGUGUGACGAGGUGGUCUCAGAGCCCUGGGGGAACUGGUCAGUCUGUAUCCUGCCUAGUGUCCCGCCCCCUCUCUUGGCACAUGGAUGGAGAGGGGAAAAGGAAGUACGUGAAUGUGGAGAGGGAAAACGUUACCACGCAAUGGCCUGCCUUGACCAACUGGGGCGCCUCCUCGAGCCAUCUCUCUGUGCAGAGACAGAGCUUCAGGAGGAACCUUGCUCUGUCCCCUGUCCCCUGGACUGUCGUCUUAGCUCUUGGUCCCCUUGGUCCCCCUGCAGUGUGUCCUGCGGCAGCGGGCUAAGGGUUCGCUCCAGAUGGCUACGGGAGAAACCAUUCAAUGGGGGACGGCCCUGUCCCAGACUUGACCUGAGGAAUCAGGCUCAGGUGUCUGAGGUUGUGCCGUGUCGCGGUGUGUGUGCAGUGUAUCAGUGGGUAACAGAGUCCUGGUCCUUCUGUUCCAUCAACACGGUGGAUGAUGGGAGUGCGUGUGGAGAGGGAGUGCAGAGCCGCAAGAUCCGGUGUGUGCUACGUGGCGAUGGUGUUAAUGGGACUCGCAUUGUUAAUGACUCUCUGUGUGAUCAGGAUGAUGCUCCUGCUCAGGCUCGCACCUGCACGCUCCCGUGUCCCGAGGACUGUGUAAUGUCACCCUGGAGUCACUGGACUUCCUGUCCCAUGUCAUGGGAUGUGAACUCUGUGAGGACGAGGACAAGACAGAUGCUCCGCCCCCCUACCGGCCACGCCACCUGUCCCGAGACAAACAAGACGGAGCCAUGCCUCUUCAACGCCAACUCUUUCGUCUACCACUACAACGUCUCUGGUUGGAGCAGCUGCAGGCUGAGCGAGCACGCAGUGUGUGGUGAGGGGACCAGGACUCGGCUGCUUGACUGUAUGCGCAGUGACGGCAAACUGGUGGAUUUGAGUGUGUGUGAAGAGCUGAGACUCUCUCAGCCCUGGACGCUCAGUGAACCCUGCCGUGUGAAUUGUCCCAUCAGCUGCAUGCUCUCUGAAUGGACACGAUGGACCGAGUGCUCACACACCUGCGGAAACCAGGGUACGAUGAUCAGAUCCCGCCGUGUCCUGCAGGAAGCUCACGGGGAAGGACGUCCGUGUCCGUCCCAGCUUUCGCAAACUAAACCGUGUCCCAUCAGGCCUUGCUACAGCUGGCUGCUGGGGGGCUGGUCAUCCUGCAACGUGGAGGGUGCUGAGUGUGGGGAGGGUGUGAGGCGCAGAAACUUAUCGUGUGUUAUACACUGGGGUCAUUGGCCAGAAUCGGCUGGCCCCACACCUGAUGUCCAUGUUUCAGCUGUCCUGGUGGAGGACGAGAGAUGCAAUGAACACUUCAGAACUGAGAAUGAUCAAGAACUGCAGCAGCCAUGUUUCGUCCCCUGCCCAGGCGACUGUCACCUGACAGACUGGUCGUCAUGGAGCUCAUGUCAGCUGACCUGCAUAGAGGGGCGGAGUUUUGAAGUUGAAGGUCAUCAGGCACGCUCAAGAGCUGUGAUCAUCCAGACGCUGGAGAAUCAGGAGAACUGCCCGAACCAAGAAAUUGAGACACAGACAUGUAAAGGGGGAAAGUGCCACAGCUACGAGUGGAAGACUAGUGGGUGGAGCGACAACGUGAGGGAGGUGUGGUGUCAACGAUCAGAUGGGGUCAAUGUCACAGGUGGAUGUUUUGCAGUGAACAAGCCGACGACGGUGCGUCACUGUCACCCUCCCUGCACGAAGCCCUUCUCUCACUGCAAACAGAGCGGAGUGUGUGGCUGUGAGAAGGGCUACACGGAGGUGAUGAACACACACGGCUUCCUGGAUUACUGCACCAGGACACCGGGGGGCACCGGAGACACCCGGAAGGCCGACGUGAAGAGCAGCUCGGGGAGGGUGAAGCCGGGCCCGUCCCAAAUCCACGACUUCUUCGGCGAGUGGUCUCUGCAGGCCCUCAGCCCGGACGGACGGAUAAAGAUGUGGGUAUACGGAGCCACAGCCGGAGGCUUCAUCCUCAUUCUCUUCAUCAUCACCGUGUCCUUUCUCUUCUGUCGAGCAGAUAAGCAGAGCAACUCUCCUCCACUGCAGAAAGCAUUGUCUCUGGCCUACGAUGGAGAUGUGGACAUGUGACAGAGCCUUCAGAGAACCAGGAGCUCUCCCUGCACCACACAGAGUGUUACAGACCGGGAGCUCUUCACCAAACCCUGAGAACGGAGCAGAGUUUGGAGUGUGUGAAGUGUGUUUUGGUUACCUUUAGUUUGACAUUCGAUAAGGACAAUGAAGUGGACAUCUCGGGGACGCUCUCACCGUGUGGAUGUGUAUCACUGGGGGAAAAAAGAGGAGAAAAAAUUUGAAGAACUUCUUUCCGUAUUCGCACAAAAGAUCAAAUUGUAACUGACUGAUGAGGAAAUAAACAAACAACUCCGAUACUAUGCACUAUAUUAGUGCUUUCUUCAAUUAUAAUUUUUUUUAAACUGGUUUUUAGUGUUUGUUUUUUUUCAUCGUGAUGCAGCUGGAGUUUUCAUCAUGUGAUGUAUAUGAAUGUACACGCAGGCCUGAUCUUCAUCUUCGACUGAAACCAAAAGAGAUCGCUGAAUCAGCCCAAGACCUUUCUGACCUUUCACCCUUGGCCCUGUAGCUUGUCCCCUCUUCCACCAGCAGCUGGUCCUCUUCAUUCUUCUCAUAAACAGGAAGUGGAAUGAGAAGAGACAGCUCUGUCUUCAGUAGGUGUAGAUCAUAAACCAGGUGUUUUGAUCAACAUUCUGUUUAUGCACUUGGUGUUCUUUUAGGUUGCAUUCUUUAAUUAUUAAACUUAAACUGAAAAAUAUUUUUCGGUUAAGAUUCCCACUAACGAGAACAAUAUGUUUGUUUUUUAGGCAGACAAUGUUACACCCAAAUUUAAUAAUCAACUCACCUGAAGAGCUCAUAUUGUCCUGGCACAGCAACCUGUGUUAUUAAUUUAACCUGUGUUACUAAUCGUAAUCAGUCUAGUCGAGAGAGUCGGCAUUAAAAAUUGUCGAUUUUGCUGAGAAAUAAAAUGCCAAGAGUGGAAGCAGGAAGAGUGCUGACGGACAGAAGAGAUUUUUGCGAUGGUGAUGUUAAACCACAGCGUCACACCGUCAUGUGCUGAUGCUGUCCAAGAGCACGCUAGAGCAGGGUUCUGUAUGGAACUUUUAAAACUUUUAAAACUGUUUAAAAGUUUAACCCCAGGUGAUAUACCCCUCAAAUGAUGCCUUGUGUUUUAGUGUCUAUGUAAAUGAGCUACUCCAGAGCCCCGCCCCCUUUAUCAAAGCAGAUGUCUCUUUCGGUUCCCCUGCUGCUGUUUGUGCUUCCUUGUUUUCCUGAACCCCAAGAAACAGGAUUCGUAAUGAACUUAGUUAAGCUGUAAGCUAACGCUAACGCACUCUUCUUUAGCUCUUAAAAACAGAUAAAAAACAUGAGGUCAUAUUCUAACUGUCAAUAACUGCCAUAAUUUAAGAUUUAUAUUACUAAACAAAUUUUUAAUUAAGGAUAUUAUCAUAAAUAAACAAUAGAUCAAAUCUGUUGAUACCAAAAAUUAAACACUGUAUUUUGUUCCCCACCCAUAUUCAGACAAUGUAAACAGUGGAGCUUUGGGGGAUUUAAACCUAAAGAUGGAAACCGUCUGAAAGAAAUACCUUAAACUGCAUCCUGGGGCCACUGGAAGUCCAGCCGUGUGUAAAGACCUCCGUGUGUAGUUUAAGUUCACCUUGAAUACUGUGUGAAGAAGAGCUACUCCAUAUUACCUUGCUGCAUAUUGCUUUAGU